GCCAAGCGGGCAGUUCAAAGAGGAGCCACAGCUGUCAUUUUUGAUGUGUCCGAAAACCCAGAUGCCAUUGAUCAGCUAAAUCAGGGCUUGGAGGACCCACUGAAAAGACCAGUUGUUUAUGUGAAAGGGGCAGAUGCAGUGAAGCUGAUGAACAUUGUUAACAAACAGAAAGUGGCGCGGGCCAGAAUCCAGCACCGUCCACCACCACAACCCACCGAAUACUUUGACAUGGGGAUUUUCCUUGCCUUUUUUGUGGUGGUCUCUCUGGUUUGCCUGGUUCUUCUCAUCAAGAUCAAAUUGAAGCAGCGUCGCAGCCAGAGCUCCAUGAAUAGGCUGGCUGUGCAGGCGCUGGAAAAGAUGGAGACUCGGAAGUUCACAUCGUCCAAGUUGAAGGGGUCCUGCGAAGGCAGCUGCGGUGCCCUGGACACGCUCAGCAGCGGCUCCACCUCGGACUGCGCCAUUUGCCUGGAGAAGUACAUGGAUGGGGAGGAGCUGCGUGUGAUUCCCUGCACCCACCGGUUCCACAGGAAGUGUGUGGAUCCUUGGCUUCUGCAGCAUCACACCUGUCCCCACUGCCGUCACAACAUCAUUGAGCAAAAGAAGGGAAACUCCAGCCUGGUGUGUGAGGAGAUGGCCAACCAGUUACACAGCCGGCAGCAACAGCAGCAGCAGCAGCAGCGUGUGAUUCUGCCUGUCCACUUCCCUGGCCGAGCACACAGGGGGGGUCACGUCACUGCCUACCCCACCCGCACCAGCAUGGACCCCCACGGGAAUGCCAUCACUGUCUUGACGGUCGAUCGGCAUGGAGAGGCCCCAGCCUUCUUCCGGAGCUACCCGCCCAUUCUGCACCUGGAACCCCACCCUGGCACAGUCGAGCGCCAGUCCUGCCCAAUGCCUCACCCUUUCCAGAGGCCAAAGUUCAGCGGGGACCCUUUCUCCAAACCGGCUUGCUUCUCCCAGUACGAGGCGAUGUUUCAGCACUACUAUUUCCAAGGCCUUAGCUACCCUGAGCUACCACAGAGCGGUCAGUUCCCCCUCCACGUGGCGGCCAAGGGCCCCUCCCGUGCCUUCCAGCCUCUUGGCAGCCACAGGCUCUUCCCCCCUGCGGUCCACAUCGCCCCUUCCGCCCAGCCAGAGAGCGGCAGCGCUUCGGGCUUCAGCUGCUACCAUGGCCACCGCUCAGUCUGCAGCGGCUACCUGGCCGAUGGCCCCGGGAGCGACAGCAGCAGCAGUGGCCGCUCUGCCCGUUGCCACUGCUCCUCCAGUGACUCCGUGGUGGACUGUGCAGAGGUCAGCAACCAGGGGAUCUACGGGAGCUGCUCCACCUUCCGCAGCUCCCUGAGCAGUGACUAUGACCCCUACAUCUACCGCAGCAAAAGCCCCUGCCGGGGUGGGGAAAAAAGGAGAGUGCUUCGUGGGGAGGUGAUGCACCCGGAAGGUUCCUCUGCACUACACCCGGUGGCAGGCAAGAGCCAACCGGGACCAGCCGCCGCAGCAGGGGACCAGCUGUCUGACUGCAGCCUUGAAAUGAAUUGCAGCAGCAGCAGCAGCAGCAGCAGCAGCCGCUCUUCGCUGGAGCAGAGGGAACUCGCCUGCACCCUCUCUGAGCGAGGCGGCCCCCGAGUGCCCCCUGAGACCACUGGAGAGACCGGUCAGAUUGGGAGGGAGCCUUGUGAGCGAGCAUGUGGCUGCUGCUUGGAGGUACAUGCCGCUCCAGGGGAAUUGCCAAGUAGGACAGCUGGUGGCAGCAGCAGCACGCUGCUUCAGGGCAUGCCACUUUGGACAGGGGGUGGCUCUUCGCGGGAGCCCCAGACGAGGAGAGGUCAGGGCGUGGUCAGCGUUAGGACACAGGGGGUCCCUCAUGAAGCAUUGCCCUGUUGCUUCUACGAAGAGCAGCGGGUGGCCAGCAGCGGACCCAUCUGGCCAGGCCGUUACACGGAAGACACUGCGGUGAAUGUGCGGUACGUGUGCGCGGAGGACCCCUUGCAAGGCUGCUUUCCGGGCCUGCGUGAGGCGGGCCAGUGCGUUGCCAUCAUUCCUGAAGUCCGGGACUCCGAGCAGGCCCUGCCGGUAGAUUGCUAUAGGGGCAGCAGCCCUUGGGAGGGGCCGUGUGGAACUGCAGCCCCCAGUCAGGCUCAGGGGAUGCCCGUGAAGGCAUUUUGCAGGCCAGGAGAGAUAUGGCAAGAAGGAUCACGUCCGCCCAUGGCAGGCUUCCCUCUGGAAGAGUCCUGUGGGUUCUUUUCCAGCCCUCCGCAAGGUUGUUUGGAGGCCAUGGCCGCUGGAGAAGGCCCUCAAACUUUGGGCUGCUGUUCCCCAGGGCGGUAUCGGGCUGGGAACUAAUCGGAAGAGCCUUGAGGCAGCUGCGUUUCUGCUGGACUUCAAAGCCUUCUUUCGCUUGUGUUGACACAAGAGUGACCCCGAGAAACCGGGUCUAUGUGCCCCCGUCUGCCAUGCAUGGCGUCCUUGGCAGACCACGUUGCCUGGGGACAAGAGGCCCGGUUAUGCAGCCUGGCGUCCUCCUUCAGUGCCAGGGGAUCCAGCCUGCCUUAGAAAAGAAGCGGCAGUUUGAAGUAAACGGAGUCCGAGGGGCGGAGGCCACCUGCCUCUUCGAGCAAAAGCAGACCACUCCUUAAGCCUGACUGCGGUGGGUGGGAAUAGGCCCGAGUGGAGGCCAGUUGCAAGAGUGCCUUCCGCCUGUCCUGAUGCUGCAGUUGCUGUGGGUUCUGCCCGAGCCCUAUCCUGCCCCCUGCUCACCAGUCUGCUUGCCAACCUGCCCUGGGUCGAGACCUUCAGUCGAGGUCCCUCCCAAUCGCCCCUGGGGUACAAGCACGUUUCCACUUCCUUCCCCUUGUUAAUAGUUUCCUAUGGAAACAGUCCUUCUGGCUGCUGCAGCCACAGCCACGUGGUUCCCUACGCCCUCCUGCCCUCCGUGCGGCUGAGACCACGACCGUUGCCGUGUUCGGCAUCUGGGAUGCUGUUCCUGUUCCUCCGUGUGCCUGGCUGGAGAGUUGGGUGGAGGGCUUUUUUUGUUUAAAACAAGGAAGGUGCCUAGAUUCCCCUCGGGUUUAAUUUGUUAAUGAGUCAGGAUGAGCAAAGGUACUUCCUGAACUUUUCAGUUUCUGCCCAGUUUAUGAGAAAGGGGAUUUUAUAAAGAAAAGAUUUCAUAAUUAUUAGUUGUACUAGAGUGACAUGAUGAAAUUCCUUUCUGAGCUUCGAUCCUUCUCAUUCUAACAGUGUGUGCUUGUGACCAUGUUCAUAUUGUGCAUUUUCGGCACAAGCCCUUGUGGCUUCUGCUCAUGCCUUUAUUAAGGCUGCUUACUGUUCAGAAAUCUUUCUUCUCAUCACCAAUACGUAAACUAUGUUUUACUUCUAUUUCUGCUUCCCUUUCUGGUUAUUUACUUUUGUGACAGCAGUUUCUACGCAUUCCACUUCUAUCGUGUUUUCCAAAGUAUUUUCUAAAUCGUCUGCCUGCUUUUAGGUUUUCUCCAAGUCCUACAUAAAAUAUUGUAGUGGUUGCAUUUACGUAGCAUUUACGGUUGUGGGCAUGAAAUAUCUUCCAGCAAGUGGCGCCAUAUCUCUGAGCAGCACCUCCAGAAGUGAGUUCCUAGGCCCACAAUGGCCAGAUUCUUAAGAUCCAUCCAGUUGCCUAGUUACAUAAUCAAAAAUGGCUGUCUCGCGGAACAGCUGUCCUGGGGAUUGUGGUUCUCAAAUGUGUUUUCCAGUGCACCUUGGCUGGAGAAUGGAGUUAUUUUAACUCACACGGUAGAGUCCUGCGUCUGAAAAAUUUGCUCCAAGUCGGUGUUCCCUUGUGCAGUUUCCGCUUGGGUUGGCAACUGGAGGGGAGGGAAGGAUUCCUAGACACUAACCAGCUUUUUCUGGCACAGCUGGUAUUUCUCAAUCCUGAUGGUCUCAGUGCACCUCCCCCUUCUCCCACUCAAGUUUAGUAGCCAGCACUUGCUACUUCAGUGCCUUCUCCCACCUUUGGUCCUACCACACACAGUUUUUAAGCAGCUCCUACCUCCCCAAGUGUCGGUGACUGGUCUUCGUAGAUACCCGGGGGAGAAGCUUUUACAAGCUUUGCAAGUUAUAGCUGGCUUCCUGGAUCCAGCGUAGGUGAUCUCCCUGGAAGAGAAGCUGCCUCUUUGCCUGGGGACGAGUGGUGAUGGGCAAGGGAGGCAGAGCCUCCAAUUUCUGUUUCAGGCUUUGGGGAUCGAAUAAGAACAAUUAACCCAUCAGAUGUUUCCAAUCCCCAUUUCUUCAUUCAUUUUUCAUUUCUGAAAAGAAACACAUUACUGCAACGCUGCCAUUUUGUUGCUUAAUGUCGAGGGCAGUCUUGCAGUGCUGGGGUCCUGAGCUGCAGGCUCUGAAUCGCUCACCAAGUUUGGUGCAUAUUCAGGAUGGAUGCUGGCAUUUUCUAGUCCUUCCGGCUGACUUACAUUUUAACUCUUAACCUAUACCCGGCACACGGUAUAAGAGCUGUGGUUCUUUUUUGGGGUCUAUAUGGUUAAUUCUAUCCAGACCUAAAGCUCUACAACAACACAUGCCUUGCUGUUGAAGGAGACAUGCUGCCCCCCCCCCCCCCCCACUUCCAAAAUCUUUGCACAGAUACCAAGAUGACACUCAAAGGAGUACAGAGAACCUCCCUGCCCUUCUGGAUGACUGGAUGACCAGCCCUAACCUUGCCCUAACCGUCUGGUUGAUAAGCAUCCCUGAAAGCGAAGUAAGCUAUCGGCAGAAGUCGGAGCUUCUUCGACACAAUGUCCUUCAGCCGAUGAAAAGCAACUUGAGCUCUCUUUGAUCCCUAAACUUCUUCGCGUGUUCAUUAUCUUUUAUAGAAAAAGUAGUUUCCUGUUGCCUAUUGGGCAUCCCAUCAUGACAAAUUUUUAUAACGGUCAGUACAGUAUAUGUUUUUAUUCUAAAAGGCCUUUUUAUCAAAGUAAUUGCCACUACGAUGGGCUUGUGAGGCACUAUUUUCAAAUAAAUGUUUUUUUUUAAGAAAAUGAGAUUUCUGUAGCACUUAAACUGUUUUGUAUAAAAUGUACUGUAAAGGUUUGUAAGAUGGUUAAAGGGCUCUUCUCCAUUACCAGUUGUAUUGUUUUUAACGGUAGAAAACAACUUGUUUCUAUUCUGUAUGUAUAGCAGCACAUUUCAUUUAUGGAAAGAUGUUCUCAGAAUAUUUAUUUACUAAUAUAUUUAUCUUAAGCCAUGUCUUAUUUGAGCGUGUAAUGUUAUAAAUAAAGAAAAAUCGGGAAUCACUAACAGAAAGCAAUGUAAAUACAGAUUUCACAAUGUUUGCUGACCAAAAAGUGAUUUUAAAUCAAGUUGUAACUGCAGUUUUGUAACAAAAUGUACAAAUGUCUGUUUAAAAACAAAACCUUUUAAAAA